AGGCUGACUCUACGAGGAAAGUCAUUUAAUGUUGACUCUACGAUGAAAGUCAGUCGAAUAAUUAUUCUAGAUGACCAAUUCGACUCAUGGUUCACCUAAAUAUAGGUGAAUUGGUGUGAUGUUGGCUUACUCUACGAGGAAAGCCUGUGCAAACCUUACGUGAGAGUCGAGAGGUGUAGCUUGAUGAAAUCGACACUGUUUGUACCGAUCCUUAAGGACAAUGUGGAAUCCUUGUAUUACACAAUGUCGCAUUGUGAAAAAAAACACCAUGUCUUGGGUGAGAGCCGCCCCUGAACAGGAAUAGGUUUAGCAAGGGUUUAAGCCUAUGCAUGAGUCUAAUGUGUCGUUUUCAUCUCUUUAGUUGCUACAUACAACUUACAGGGAAGAAAAAAAGAAAAAAAAAGAAUAAAAUAUCUUUUCGUAAUUCAGGCAAAAACAGGAAUAGGUUUAGCAAGGGUUUAAGGCGGCCACUCUUCAUCACUUUGCCUCCUACACAAAUCCUCAAAUUUUGUCAGAUUCUUUCAUCGCCACUCCUAGAUUCACCCCUUCGCAUCCAUCUUACCAAACAAUCAGAGAGUUCUUAAAAUCCUGGUAUUAGUUCGAUCUAUCUCUCUGCAAAUUGUAUCAACCGUGUACAUAGUUAGAAACCCAUUAAUUUUUCUGCAAAUAAAUCACUCCACUCUAGCAUGUGGAGAAGCGUAUGUAACCGUGCUUCUGUCAAGAAGCUGAAAUCAUUCGCCGAUAAAUCUAAUUUUAGAGAUACCCACUUGUUUGAAAAACCUAGACAGUUAGAGCUUCACCCUUAUCGACAUCCUUCGUAUGGAGAACGGGGUUUCCGGCGAAUCAACGUCUUGGGUGAUUCCGGUUUCACAAAUUUAGGGGUUUCUUUCGGUUUAUUACAUCGGUCUUAUAAGGGCUAUGCCAGUUCCGCCGCAGCUGAGGAGAUUGUUUCGACAGAAGAAGAAGACAGCGAUGAAAUUCGUGAAAUGGUACACCAUUUGAAUAAAGAAAUCAAAGCAGUGGAAACGAAAUCUAAUAGCUCCGAUCACAAAAAGCAGCCGAGAUUAGUCAACGGAAUUGGGCAAGGGAAGUACAUUGCACUCAGGAGACGACAGAUAAAGAUAGAGACAGAAGCAUGGGAGAACGCAGCAAAAGAGUAUCAGGAACUUUUAGUCGACAUGUGUGAACAGAAACUCGCUCCCAAUCUGCCUUAUGUGAAAUCCUUAUUUCUUGGUUGGUUUGAGCCAUUGAAGAACGCCAUUGCUUCAGAGCAGGAUUUAUGCAGGGAAGGUAGGAAUAGAGGAGCUUAUGCUCCACAAUUCGACCAGUUACCUGCUGAUAUGAUGACGAUAAUUACAAUGCACAAGUUAAUGGGUCUGUUGAUGACUGGCGGAGGUCAGGGUGGCGCUAGGGUGGUUCAGGCCGCUCUACAUAUCGGUGAAGCUGUUGAACACGAGGCGAGAAUACACAGAUUCAUGGAGAAAUCCAAACGAAAGGCUUCAUUAAAUGAGAGCCCUGAUGAUGAUUCAGAAGCUGUAAACAACGAGCAACAAUUACAGAAAUUGAGGAAGAAAGUAACCAAUUUAGUUAAAAAGAAAAAGUUGCAGCAAGUAAGGCACAUUGUGAAACAACAAGAUCAGUUGAAGCCAUGGGGUCAGGAUGCUCAAGUUAAGGUUGGUUCUCGUUUAAUCCAGUUGUUAAUGGAAACUGCUUAUAUACAACCUCCUGUUGACCAAUGUGAAGACUGUCCUCCUGAUAUUAGGCCUGCAUUUGUACACACUCUUAAAACUGUGGAAACACCGAGAGGAAGCAGAAGAUAUGGAGUUAUUGAAUGUGAUCCUCUUGUUCGAAAAGGACUUGAGAAAAGUGCUAUGCACAUGGUGAUUCCAUAUAUGCCAAUGCUUCUUCCUCCAGUGAAUUGGACUGGAUACAACAGAGGAGCCUACUUGUUUCUACCAUCCUAUAUAAUGCGCACACAUGGAGCUAAACAACAGCGUGAUGUAGUUAAAAAAACACCAAAGAAGCAAUUGGAACCAGUUUUUGGGGCACUUAAUACACUUGGUGCCACAAAAUGGAGGGUAAAUAGGAAAGUUCUUGGUGUUAUAGAUAGAAUUUGGGCUAGUGGAGGACGUCUAGCUGACUUAGUUGAUCGUGAUGAUGUUCCUCUACCCGAAGAGCCAGACACAGAUGAUGAAAUUGAAAUUAAAAAAUGGAAAUGGAAAGUUAAAACCACUAAAAAAGAAAACCGAGAAAGGCAUUCACAGAGAUGUGAUAUUGAAUUGAAAUUAGCCGUUGCUAGAAAAAUGAAGGAUGAGGAAGCUUUCUACUACCCCCACAAUCUUGAUUUUCGUGGUCGUGCAUACCCUAUGCACCCUUAUUUAAAUCAUUUGGGCUCUGAUUUAUGUCGAGGUGUUCUUGAGUUUGCUGAUGGUCGACCUCUUGGAGAAUCUGGCUUACGAUGGUUGAAGAUACAUCUAGCGAAUGUAUAUGGUGGUGGUGUGGAUAAGUUGUCCCACGAGGGUCGAAUGAUGUUUGCAGAGAAACAUUUGGAUGAAAUAUUUGAUUCUUCAGAUCGACCUCUUGAAGGAAAGAGAUGGUGGUUGGGUGCAGAAGACCCUUUUCAAUGCCUGGCGACAUGUAUGAAUCUUUCCGAAGCUCUAAGAAGUUCUUCCCCUGAAACCGCCAUUUCCCACAUACCUAUCCACCAGGAUGGUUCGUGUAAUGGCUUACAACAUUAUGCUGCACUUGGAAGAGACAGGUUAGGAGCAGCUGCUGUUAAUCUUGUUGAAGGAGAAAAGCCAGCUGAUGUCUACUCUGGGAUUGCUUCCAGAGUGAUUGAGAUUAUGAAGAGAGAUGCAGAAGGUGACCCCACAACCGAUCCAAAUGCCAAACAUGCACGCAUAUUAGUUGACCAGGUGGACAGAAAGUUAGUUAAGCAAACAGUGAUGACAUCAGUGUAUGGUGUGACAUAUAUUGGUGCACGUGACCAAAUUAAAAGAAGAUUAAAGGAACGUUGUUCCAUUGAAGAUGAUGCUGAGUUGUUUGCUGCUGCUUGUUAUGCUGCAAAAACAACUUUAACUGCUUUGGGGGAAAUGUUUGAAUCUGCAAGAAGUAUUAUGAGUUGGCUUGGUGAUUGUGCAAAGGUUAUAGCAGUGAAAAACAAUCCAGUACAAUGGACAACUCCUCUUGGACUUCCUGUUGUUCAACCAUACCGCAAGUUAGGAAGGCAUCUUAUUAAGACAUCUCUUCAAGUUUUGACACUACAACGAGAAACCGAUAAGGUGAUGGUGAAAAGACAAAGAACAGCCUUUCCUCCUAACUUUGUCCACUCUCUUGAUGGGUCCCACAUGAUGAUGACAGCCAUUGCUUGUAAAGAGGCUGGCUUAAGUUUUGCAGGAGUGCAUGAUUCGUUUUGGACACAUGCUUGUGAUGUUGAUCAGAUGAACAAGAUUCUUAGAGAAAAAUUUGUUGAACUUUACGAGGCACCAAUCUUAGAAAAUCUGUUGGAGAGUUUUCAGAAGUCGUUUCCAAAUAUGGAAUUUCCUCCAUUGCCAGAAAGGGGAGAUUUUGACCUAAAAGAGGUUUUGAAGUCUCCAUAUUUCUUCAAUUAAGAAGACUAACAAACAAAACAAAACAAAAACACAUCACAUUCUUUAUGGCUCUUUCUCUGCAAAUUUGUUGGUUUAAUCGGCUUUUGAAGUGGCAACAAGAAGAGCACAAAGUUCAUCUUUUUUAUAAGCCUUUUGGAGCUCUAUUAAAAAUGCAUCCAUCCAUACAUACACACAUCUGUAAAUUUGAUGACAUCGUGUGGGAUUUAUGGAAUGAAGCAAUGAGUCACUCGAGGCUUGAAGAAGAAGGCUUGAAAUACAAGUGAAGAUGAAAGGGUAAAUGAGUAAAUGAUGGGUGCAUUCAGGCCUUAUUUUGUAAAACUAAUUCAUACACAAUAUUUAUUUGUUAGGAGUUCAUUAAUUAAGUGGUAUGUGGGAAUAAGGAGAUAGGAGAGUAUAGUGUUUGGAAGGUGAAUCCUUCUUUCAAAGCAAUUGUUCUAACUGUUAUAUUGACUUUUAGGGUGUAUUUUGCUCUGGGAAGAGUGGACUUUUUUGUUUUUCUAAUUAUAGAAAUAAUGCUUUUUGCGCA